UCUCCGGGUAGCGGUCGACUGCGACGAUAACGACGAGUAAAAUCGUGCGGUGUGCAAAAGUCGCGUUGAAUAUAAUAUCAUAUUUAUAGUUUACGGUCGUUGCAAAAAUCGAAUGAUGCGUUUCUCGUUAGCGUUCGCAGUUUUGUUCGUGGCUGUGGCUGCAGUGUCUGCCGGGGUUUAUCCGGUGAAAACAGGCGGCGGCAAAGGCGCGUCGAAACAUUCGAAGGGUGGUGGUCAUGACAACGCAGAGGACGACCGUUUUCAUAUGCAGUCGGCCGACGGACAGUACGUUUUCGGGCACACCACCGGAACCCAGGGUCGAGCCGAAAUACGCAACAAAGACGGUACGGUGACCGGAUACUACAGUUACGUGGGCGAUAACGGUAAAGUGGUCUACGUCAAUUACGUGGCAGAUCAGAAAGGAUACAGAGUGUUGUCCAACACCGGUGUGCCGUCGGCUUCGGUCACCAUAGAAGGCGAUGCCGGAACCAAAGGUCCUCGUGCCGAAAAGGAUUUUUUACAAGUUUUUACGGACUUCACGAAACGCAUUAAGGACAAAGUCGUAAAACAGGCCGGACAAGAAACCGUGGACCUCGGUGACGGUCAACAUCAAAUCGACGUCAUUGAUCCCGCUUCAGUUUAUCCGACUAAAGAGAUAAAAUCUAUAAGUAACAAAGAAACAGACCAGUUUCCGGAUUGGAAUCGAGUAAAGAUUCCUUCAACCCAAAAACCAACAGUGAGCAUUGACGGAAUUGAAAUCACCGAAGGACAACAGCAACAAGGAACAGUAGAUCCUAAUUUGGAUAACGUAACAACUCAAAAAGUAAAUAUUAAAGGAUAUGAUAACGAUAUUCAAGGAUCUAAUAACUACGAUUGGGAUGGCGCAGUUAUAACUACAGAAACGGCUAUGAAAAAUAUCCCAUCAUAUCCCAAUCAGCCCCAAGUUCCCACUAAAGGGGAUCGAAAAGAAGAAUAUGCUGACACAACUACAGUUCACGAAGUAUACGUCCAAGAAAUCACGACUGAAAUCGGUAACUCCAAAGUCAUUACGGAGUCCCCCGUGUUCACUAAUGAUGCGGAAAACAAUUCACCAAUUUCAAAACCCGCGGAGUCAAUUGUUGUCAACGAUGCCCAGACAACAAUAUCUUAUUAUGAUGUCUCCGGAAAACCGGCGGAAGGAAGAAUGAUCAACCGAGAAGAUAUCCAGCUGACAACAAUGGGCGGAGUGAGGCAAUUCGAAGAGUCUUCGACUGUGGCGGCGGAGAUAUCGGAAAGCGUCACGACUAAUAACCAAAUCGUUCAGGAAAUCCAAGAAAAAAUCAAGACGCCACUUGAAACGGAUGUAGUACUGACAACCGGCAAACCGCUCGAUAAAGAAUCGUCCGACAACGUUCCCGUAGUCACCGAAAACCCAAGUGAUCGAAUCGAUUUAAAAAUUGCCGACGCCGAAUUCACGACGAUCACGACUGCGGUCGACGAAAAAAUGACGGUAAAUACUCGUGUGAACACCGCUUCGCCUGCAGAGUACGAACCCAAGACAACCACGUUCCAGCCCGAUGUCAAAACGAGUGACAUGGAGACCACGACGACCGGCAUUCAGUACGUGACCGAAGCGAACAGGGACGACGGUUUUGACUUCAAAACGCUCGAGCAGAGCGACGUGAUCGGGACGACGAGCAUACCGAACCGCGGACAAUCUGAGGCGCAAGAGGUGCAAGAUAUCGCGUGGCCGGAAAUACCUGCAGUGCCCGCAGUACCGCAAGUUUUGGUACCCCUGAAUCCGUAUCCCGAGAAUUCGGGCGUCAAAAACGCAGUCGUCAAAUCUCAUUCGGCCAACUCGAGACUGGUGAGAAAUUUCAACUUAAACGUAGACGACGCAAAGUCCUCGACGGUCAACUCCUUGGAAGAAAUCAAAACGACAAUGCCGACCAAUGUAUCGAUGGAUGAAGACCAUUCGACUAUGUUCUAUUCGAAAUAUUUUAUCAUAGGUUGAACAUUAAUAACAAUAAUACGCCGCAGUCGCGAUUUAAGUUAACCGUGUCUAUGUAAUAUUAUUUAAUCGUUAGUCGUAUUGAUCCUGUGCCUACUCAAAUAAGCUGCCGAGUAAACCGAAUCGUAAUUGUAAUGAACUAUAUUAUUAUAAAUGCUAAUAGUUUUUUAUGUCUUUCAAAUGUAUCCCUUAUGUAUAAAAUAUAAAUAUAUUCUAAAUAAAUAUAAUUUUCACGUUCA